UAUGUAAUGUGUGUGUGUAUGUGUAUUAUAGCCCACACCUCAGUCCAGCUGCCUCACAAAUGUUUAAAAUUAGAGUAAUAUUGUCAGUAAUCAUCUUUUCAACCACUGUACGCGCAAUGCACGAUCAUCGUCAACAAGAUAUCAUUCGAGAAAAUUAUUUAACAUUUGCUGCUCAUUACACAGCUGAUCAGUUGUACAAAGCACAUCGUGCGCAAGUCAAUGAAUUGCUUGGUACCCGUCUUAUUCAAUCACUCAUUGAUAAUUUGGAUUUCAAAAAGAUGUCUCUGAAUUCCUCAAUACGUGAUAUAACCAGUCAUCUUGAUUCACAGUUUGCGAAAUAUCGUUACUUACUACUUGAAACAAAGCGAUAUAUUUCUAGUAACUCUCAGUCAGGUUCGGUUACUUUUCGAGACUAUGGAUAUAUGAUGGAAUGCUCUCGUAUGAUCCCAGAUCAUCUAAGUUAUGAAGAGCAGUUUGGUACUCAAGUAAAUAUGACAAGUGCUUGCUUGAUAACUACCAGACAACCAAUAAAAUCAUUGUACUAUGCUGAGAAAAAUCUCACAUCUGUUUUACGUACGAACGCACUUGAUAGUGCCAUCCGAUGGCAGUACGUAAUUGGCAACAGUGGUCCUCAUGUCGAAUAUCCAGCACAUGCUUUUCCGGUACAUAAACAUAGGCAUUGGGGUCCAUUUCUUGCUUCAGCAUUGUCCAGCAAACGGCGUGUCGUGAUUCUUAUCGAUGCCGGUAUAAUUAUGUUCAAGAUUUAUCAGUUGUCAUCUCGCUUCAAAAUUGAUGUUGUGUUUAGUUUACUAUGGAAAAAAUUAAUCCCUUUUUAUUUAUUCAAUAGUGAUUUCUUCUUACAAAGAAGUUAAAA